AUUUCUUCAACCAGCAGCUUGCCGGCUUCACUGUCGAUUUCGCUCGACUCACAUGUUACUUUUGUUUUCAUUCAAUCCAAUUCAAAUUCCAUGUAAACGCCGCUAAACUGACGUGCGAUUUCCUUUUUUUUUAGUUCUUUGCUCAAUCUUCAGCGGAUGGUAUUUGCCAAUGUCGUCGCUUAGGAUAGUCUUCAGCUGACGGUGUUCAUGUCACUACUGUGUUGUAACGAUCUAGUAUAGUCCUCAGCCUAAGGUCUUUGCCAAUGCGCUACAGGAUCAAGGUCAAGGAUUAAGAAUGCUUGUGAAUAGUGGAGCAUCUCAGGCUGAUAGUGUUUGCUACAGUGUCAGUGGUUCCAGGCAGUUGGUGAUGGUGAUUUGUUAUGUAUUUCUUUUGGCGUGUGGAGUACAGUCUCAGAAAGCUAUCAAAACCAGCGUACCAGUACAAAACACCAAAAAAUUAUCGUCUAGCAGGCAGGGUCGUGUAUUCUUCAAUCAACUGUUCAGUCUGACUAAUCUCAUAGCUGGAGGUGCUUCAUUUUUUGACAAUGCAGUUGCUCCGGAAGAUGAUGAUGACGAUAUCUUCGAUAAUGAAUAUAAAGCUAGGAACUGUAGUUGUGAAUGCGGCGUAUCAAAUCAAGAGAACAGAAUAGUAGGAGGACGUCCUACAGGAAUAAACAGGUAUCCUUGGGUGGCUAGGAUUUUGUACGAUGGUCACUACCACUGUGGCGCUUCUUUACUAACUGAAGAGUUUGUCCUUACAGCUGCACACUGCAUCCGAAGGUUGAAGAAAUCCAAAAUCCGUGUGAUCUUAGGUGAUCACGAUGCUUCUACGUCAGGGGAAGUGCCCAGCAUGAUGCGGGCGAUUUCAGCGAUUAUCAGGCACAAGAAAUUUGACACUGAGACCUACAAUCAUGACAUAGCCUUGCUGAAGCUGAGGAAACCAGUGCAGUUCAACAAGCAGAUCAGGCCGAUAUGUUUGCCUAGUUCGGCCAGUGUCGAGCUAGCAGGCAUGAACGCCACAGUAGUAGGAUGGGGCCGACUCUCCGAGGGUGGGCAUCUACCAUCUGUGGUACACGAAGUAGAGGUACCCAUACUGUCUCUAUCCCAAUGCCGGGCGAUGCGAUACAGGGCGUCCAGGAUUACUCAGUAUAUGCUGUGUGCUGGCAGUGGCAGCAGAGACAGCUGUCAAGGAGACUCAGGAGGGCCGCUGUUAAUUCACAGGGGCGAUAAGUAUCAAAUUGCUGGAAUAGUCUCAUGGGGAGUCGGUUGUGGCAGACCAGGAUAUCCAGGAGUAUACACACGAGUUGCGAAGUACCUUAACUGGCUGAAGUUCAACUUGGAUGAAUCGUGUCUAUGUACAUGAACCAUAUUGUGCUAAAUGUUUUACGCUAUUUUGUCUUUGUAAAUAUAAAUUUUAGGUAUAUA